UCAUUUGCUUAGUACCCACCACAUGAUGACCCUAAUUAUCCUAUAUAAAUAAAAUCCUUAUUGCCAUAAGAAUCACAAGAACAACAAGAUUCCACUCUCAAAUCUACUACUUAUUACCACAUUAGUGUCUUCAUCUUUCACCAAAGGCCAAAGACAAGAAAUUUUGGCUUAUUACAGACAGCACACAUAGUUCCUUCUGUAUGCUGUCCAUUUGACCAAACAAAAAAUUUGUCACAAUUGUACAGUCUAAAGAAUCUAGUCUCUCUUAAAUAUAUUUUCCACUAACAUGCAGAUCCUUCAGUGGCUUUUUAAGAAUGCAAAUGACACCAACUUUAACACCACUUCUACCAAGAAGGAAGUUGUUUCUGAUCAGGAGGUGAAACCCCAAGAGAUUGUCUUGUUUAAUAUUCCUCAGAAAAAGAGACAUCGAGCUGGAAAAUCAUCAAAAUCGAACUGCAAGAUCCUGAAUUUGUUCAACACAUUACAUAGAAAGGACGUCGCAGCAAAAUAUUUCUACAGCUCCAUUCACCUAAAGAGACUGGGAAGUUCACACAAAAGACAGCAAUUUGUUCAUUCAAUGAAAAUGAAAAAACAAACUCUUUCUCGUGGAUUAAGCUUUCGUCGAAAGACAGAUUCUUCCACAGCCAAAGUUUUGCCAGUUACUGAUGCUGCAGUAGGAACACCAGCAUCAAGAAAUGGUCACAAGGAACAAAAUUUUAGUGCAGAUACUAAGGAAAAAGCGAAAGGGGAUCAAACAAAGACGACUUCAAAGAUGAAGGAGCUAAUAAAAUGGGCUGCUGCUGCUAAGUCACAAAAGGGAGGAAAAUACUUUGGUAGAAAGGUCUUGCAUUUACGCGAUAGGUCGGUUUCAAAGGCAGCAACAAAUGAUGAUGAUCAUCAUCAUCAAUUUAGCUAUGAGUCUCCCAAGAUCAGCUUCAGAUGGGAUGUUGAAAGUUGCUCCACUACUUUUUCAGUCACAAAAAAUGACCGAUCUAUCAACAGUUCUCCUUGGAACUCAACUCUGGUUCAUAUAGAUCAGUGCCCACCAGCAACUAGGAAAGGAAAUUGGGUCACCACUGACACUGAAUUUGUGGUGCUAGAGCUAUGAAGAAGAUUGGUGGUCUCUUGUGCCACGUGGGGGAUUUUUAGUGAUUGUUCAUCAACUUUACUACAUUGAUGUAACGUUAUUUGUUUAAGCCACAUGACAUUUUCCUUAUAUGUCAAUUUUAUAUUCUAACCAACGUUCAACUACUAUAAAAAGUGAAAUUUCAUUGUGAGAAA